AAAAUUUGAAAUCUGCGUGCCCGCUCGAUGCUAUUUGAUCUUCACCGUUCAUUCAACGGUCACAGACACACACACACACACACAGGCAACUCUCUCUCUCUCUCUCUGUAUGUGUGAAAUUUCCCAUUCCGGCAAUAGCCAUUAAUCAGGUUCGUUGUGUCCGUGGAUGGAUUAUUUGUAACCAUAACGCGUACUGCUGAAGAUGACUACGGUGGAGAAGCUGUUGGUGCAGAUCUUCGAGCGGAGGAAUUCGAUAAUCGAACAGGUGAAGCAACAGACGGAGUUGUACAACCAGCAUCUCGCUUCGAAACUCCUGAUUGACGGAAUUAGCCCUCCCUCUUGGCUUUGGAACCCUAGUGCAUCCUCGGAUUCAAAAGAGCUUAACAAAGAAGAGCUGAUCUCUAAACUUCUGCAUCAGUAUCCUCAACCUUCAGUCCGUUGCUCUAUUGCACACUACCCGGCGUACAAUAACCUAGUCUUUACCGGAGCUAAUGAUGAAUUUUCUGAUGGAGUUUUCAUGGGACAUACGGCUUUUGAUAAAGGUCCCGGCAGGCAAGAUGAUCUAUCAGUGCCAGCAUUGACAACUGAUGAUUGUGGUCUAUGUGUCCUCAACUAUCCCGAGCCUGAUGCUAGUGUUACAUCACCUGAGGAUCAGACAGAUGGAAGGAUCUCAAAUAUUUAUAAUGCACCAGAUCAAUCUUUAGUUGGAAUUCAGAGAUCCAAGUCUAGACAAAAAGCCCUUGUGCUUCGCAAUAGUGCAAAGCAACAAACUAAGAGCAGCUUAAGCCAUGAGAAUAUCAGCAAUGGAUUUUCUAGCCAAAUCAGAUUUUCUCUCUCCGCUGCCAACCAGAUGGGUCAGAAAGAUGAGCUGGCCAAAUCGCCAGAACCCGAUCCUGUUGGUAGGCAAAGUUGUAAGGAUGUAGAUUUGGAUGAAUCAGAUUUUGAAAAGAAAGAAAAGGGGAUAGAUGCUAGAAUUACAAGGUCUGGAAGUUAUUCUGAAGUUCCAAUUUCUGUCAGUGGUUCCUUAACAUUAGGUCGCUCAUCUGAGGAUUGUAAGGAAGAUGCCUCCUCUGCUGCUGCUAAAGAGAGGAGAAACGGAUCCACAUCUGUUUGUGAUCCUAAGGAAGCCGAUAAUAGUGUUGAUAAGUUGCCAAAGUCAGCUGGACAAUCUACAAUCUGUUUUCAGAGCGGUGGAGACAGGCAAUUAGAUGGAGCUGAUUGUGCCAGCAAUGAUAAGGAAACCAAUGUUUCUACUGGUAGAAUUACUAGGUCUAAAAUUUCUGGCAAACCUCAAAAUUAUGCCUGUAAUUCUUCAAAAGCUGAAAGUGAUGCUUAUCAGAAAAUAGACAUUGCUAUGAUGGAUUCUCAGGAUCAACCAUCAAAUUAUGCUGAUGGAUCUCUUACGAGGUUUAGUCCUUGUAAUAUCCUGAAUGAAGGCUUUGAGGCCCGAGAAUCAAUCUCAGGAGAUAGCAAGAGUAGGAAAGAAAAGGGUGCUGUACCAUCAUUGAGUUCUAGCCAACAUAAAACCUGUGUAGAUGAGAUUUCAGGUCUGGAUAUGCAUGCUCACUCUGCCAUGGUUGAUGGUGGCAUUGCUCCAUCAAGUGGGGGAUCACCACUAGAGGUUAAUGAUUCAGGUGAGGUAUUGGGCUUAGUUAGACAUUCUGUUGGGUUGUUUCGUAGAGUGACAAGGUCACAAACUCGUGCUGACGACAAAGAAGCAAAUAAGCCUGUAAUUUCUUUUGAAAAUCGUAGUUUUGGGGGUACAAUGUCCAAGUCAGGUUGUAAACAAAAGUCUGCUGCAAAAAACGAACUACAUAAAGCUUCAAGUGGUCAAUCCAUUUCAACUUGUCAUGGAACCAAUAAUAUGCUUGAUCAGUGUGGAAAUGGAGCCCUUCUUAUGCCCAGUGAGCUUGUUUUACAUGAUCAUGUCGAUCAGUCUGGUACUUCUAGUUCCAAUGAUGCUAAGCAGAGGAGAGAUGUGGAGUCUCAGGUAGGGGAUGCCUCUGAUUCUUUUGUGUUUGUGGAACCAAAGCACUUAAGUUUUAUAGAAAUUGAAGAUUACCCCUCGAAAAGAUUCACUCCUGAUUCUGAAGUGAGAACGCUUGAUAACUUACCAGAAAAGUUGGGCUAUUCUGUUUCAGAUGCUGCGAUAUCACUGGAUAAAGGAAUUUCUGGUGAUGUUAAUCUGUUAGUGUCUGGUAAGAACUCAUCAGAGAAGCCACAUGUCUCAGGUAAAUCAGAGGAAGUCCAAAGGGAUUCUUUGGAAUCUGAUAUUCAGGAGAAUCCUGACACCCGGGAUGAGAAAAAUGGAACUAUUGUAAGUGAUUACUCAAAGUCAAAGAGUUCAAAAGAUAAUAAAGAUGCUGCGCUAAAUUGUAAAAUCUCUGGAGUUCAGCAAGAAGCCAAUAUUACAAGAUCAAAAAUGGUUGACAUACACGAGUUACAAAUGCAUCCAGUGAAAUCUCAUUUGGAACAUGGGCAUGAAUCAUUUCCAGAGCCACACAUGGAAGAGGGGAAUUUGAGUGCUGAAGGAAAGGACAAGAGUCCAUGGAUGGCAAAUGCUCCAGAAAUGGAAAACUUAAGGCCUUCAGUUUGCCCGAAUUCAGUGAAAGAGCCAAGAGCAGAGUCCGAUGCUUGCUCAAUUGAGAAAGUCCAAAUGUCAAAUCCAAGUUGUGUUGUUCUUGACAAUAGAAAGCAGCUUCCUGCACAGGAAUCUCAAAUAUUAUCAUGCCGUGAAGGUGAAGUGUCUGGUCAACAUGCAGAUUCGCCUGGGGUAGAUAAUGGGUUUGUAGCAUGUAGUACAAUCAGGUCCCCGCAUCAUGAAAAUUUGUCACUUGAGAGGAGAUUCAGACAUGCCAGCAUGGAAUCAUGGCCACAACCAAAGAGGAGAAAGAUUGAAACGCAGCAAACUCAUAGUUUUACCACUUCUGUGAGCUUAAGGGUGAGAAGGCCUGACAGCAAUCAAAGAGGUCCUUCCAAUAAAUAUUUGGCAAACAUUGGAAUAAAUAUAGACACUGUCUUGAUGGAUACAUUUGAUGUAAAUACGAUUACUGAUACGGAGAUCUGUCCGGAGAUGGAUCCUAAUUUGACUGAAGGAAUUGAGUCUACUUCUUUAUCUCAAAAUGGAGAGUUGAUGCAGGUUGAAUUUUGUAACGAGGAGAAUGAACAUAAAAAUUUGUCCUCUGUUAUCAAUAACGAGGAGUUAGGAGCAGCCCAUUUCUCAAGCUUAACUAAGAAGGAAGCUGAAACUUCACAAGGAUGCUUUAUUGAGGAAAUGGGAACUCCACAUUCAAGUAGCGACCAUCUUGAUGCAACAGAACCUGUUGAUGGACAAUGUAGUCACCACUUAUGUGAUCUAGGGAAGAACAUCAAUAAUCUAGAUUCUGAAAAUUUGACUUUCCCCAAUGCUGUGCUUGAAGGAAUACAAUCUCCUAAGUGGGACAAUUUACAGCCACAACAUUCUGUUAUUUUUGCCAGCAAUGAAGAUGAGGAACUUAUUGAUGUUGAUCAAUCUAGGCCUGUAUUUGAGGGGUUCAUUGUAGAUGCGCAAACAGAUGGUGGUGAACUGGAUUUAGCAGAAGACAGAAUUGACUUUGAUAAACUGAACCUUCCAAGGACAACAAUAGAGCGUGCUAGUAUUCUAGCUGAAAUUUGUAAAUCCGCUAGCUCAGACACACCCUUGUCCAAUUUCUCAUAUGCUUGUGGAUUUCAGGGAACUCAAAAUUUGUUAUGCUCUGUACCUAAUGGUCAUCUUGAGCACUUGGACCUUAGGAGUAAUUUUCCCUUAAAUUCUGGUUUUGGCAAACAGCUUGAGUCUGGCAGCAGGCUUACAGAUGAUAAGAAGGAUGCCUCUGAAUGGAUGCCAUAUACCGAUCAUCCAUCUUAUUCCGGUACACAUAUUGGUUGGAAUUCAAGACACCAACAAGCAUCCCCAGUUGGGAGGCUGUGGGAAAGACUCUCUUCACAUACUGGGAGUUCAGAAAAGCGUUUAAGUUCAAAUCCAGAACUUACAUGCUUCCCGAUUGAGGAAGAUCCCAGCAUAAGUGAAGGGAAUAAAACUGUGGAUGAUAAUACAGAUGAUGUCCAAGAAGAAGUUGAUUCAUCAUUUGCUAAGCACUGUGAUGGAAGGCAUCCGCUUAAGGAUUUGACAAAUUUGGGUUUAAAUCCUUUAUCUGUUUCUGCACAAGAGAAAAUUCUGAGGGCAGAUAGUGUGGAUCUGGUCAGCAAAAAGUUCAGCGCUUCUGGGACACAAGAUAAAGCUCAAUGGAGUCCAAAAAUUCAACACAUGAAUAGAAGUGUGACCAGGGAAAACCAGACUUCAUUUAUUGGUGCUACUGAUGGUAGGAAGAACCAAACCUUAGCAACUGGUACAAAUGGAAUCAAGAAGGCCAAGGAAUCAAUUAACAACAGUAUCAGCAGACCAAUUUUGUUAAAUAAAACCAGUUUGAAAAGAGGGGAGCAAAAGCUUUCUUUGAAAGAGUCUAGGAGGAAUAACAUUGUUUCAAAUGUUAAUUCCUUCAUACCGCUGGUACAACAGAAACAAGCGGCAGCAGUUUGUGCAGGAAAGAGAGAUGUUAAGGUGAAGGCCCUGGAAGCUGCGGAAGCUGCAAAACGUUUGGAAGAGAAAAAAGAGAAUGAACGUAAGAUGAGGAAGGAAGCAUUGAAACUUGAACGAGCAAAAUUGGAGGAGAAAAACAUGAGACAGAUGGAAUUAGAGAAGAAAAAGAAAGAAGAAGAACGCAAGAAGAAAGAUGCUGAUAUUAUUGCAAAGAAAAGGCUAAGAGAGGAAGAAGAGAGAAAGGAGAAGGAGAAGAAAAGAAUGCGACUUGAAGCAAGGCAGCGACAAAAGGAACAAGAAGAAAAAAUGCGUUCAGAGAAAGCUGAAAAGGAAAAACAACAAAAACAACGGCACAAGGAUGAGCAAAUAAACAGCAAAAUGGAAUUUCAGAAUGAAUCCAAAAAGCAACAGAACAAGGACAUCAUACGAGGAGAUGAUAUAGCUUUGAAACAGACAGAGACCAAAUUGACUCCCGCUGAAGUUAUGAUGAAUUAUGAAGAAUGUGGUACUUCGGGUCCAUCUUGUGAAGCUGGAAAGGCAAUGCACACAGUGGAUGAGUCACCCAAAAAAGAGGACUUGAUAGGUUGUAAUAGUCAAGGAAAAUCAUAUGAGAUCUCUCCAUACCAGUGUUCAGAUGAUGAAGAUGAUGAAGAAGAUGAGUUACCCACCAAGAAACAUAUUCCAUCAUGGGCCAGUAAAAACUCUGUGGCCAUGCUUUUGGCCUUACAGCAAGAAAUGGACCCCGAUGUGAUAUUUCCCCCAGAAAGUUUUUGCAGAAUGGAUGAAGUUCUACUUCCUCGCAGGGUACAGCAGAAACAAGUGGCUACAUGAAUCGAAUAGUUGGUUGUUGCAAUCAUCGUCUCUUGGUAUAUAUUGAUUGAUUCUGGCUGGGACUUCUUUCACAUGAAAAGCAAGUGGUGUAUCUCAUUUUAAUUUCAGAUGGAUGAUCCUGCUCGUGUCUGAUGACACUCAGAACACUAGGCUUGUAUAUACUUCAUAUGCAGCUGUGGAUGAAAUUCUUGUUCCAAACUGAUAUGCAGGGAAAAUCAAACAAUGCUUCAAUGAUCAUUGUCAUAUACGUUUUAUUCUUUCUCAAGGGGAAAUGGAAACAUAUUUGACUUUGAUGUAUCAUCGAUUGGUAUUUUGUUUCUAAAUAACUAUGCUUGAUGAAAAGAUUAAAGGUCCUUACAUUAGUAAUAGGUCAAUUUUGCUGGAAAUUAAACUUUGAUGAAAUUGGGCACUGUUAAAAACAGUAAUUCUGUCGCCAAUGCUCUUAUUAAAGCAUCCUAGUUUUA